UAUAUAGAGUUGCUGCGCGGUCUAAACAAACAGAUGCAGUUGCAGAACUCAGAGAGCAGACUUUUUUGAAGAAGAAAAAAAGAAUCGCAGAUGCGCAAAGCAUUGUUGCCAUGCCAAGUCUAGCCACAUUGAUACCAAGGGAGCAACUGAACAUGGAAACUGACAAAAAGACAGUUGGAUACAGUGGAGGAAACCUAAAGUUCAGGCUUCAGUCUAAAUCAUCUCAAACAGCCAACACAGAGGAUCUCUGUUUUGAGGAGAUGUCCCAGUGGUCACAAUCCCUAGAGAGACUUCUGUCCUCCAAAUACGGGAUGAAAAUAUUCCAGGCCUUCUUGAAGUCUGAGUUCAGUGAUGAAAACCUGGAGUUUUGGGUGGUGUGUGAGGACUACAAGAAGAUCAAGUCUUCCUUCAGAAUGUCUGCCAGAGCCAAAAAGAUCUUCAAAUGCUAUAUUCAGGCUGAGGCCCCCAGAGAGAUCAACAUCGAUCACAAGACCAGGGAGGUGAUCAGGACGAACAUAAAGGUUCCGUCCGCCGUCUGUUUUGAUGACGCCCAGAAGAUUGUCUACGGAUUAAUGGAGAAGGACUCAUACCCACGUUUCCUAAAGUCAGACAUUUACAGGACUUUGCUGGACUCUACAUCAGAACCCAUGAGGAUGUAAAGAAAACGCGCUGCACUGGGACGCUUGACUGACUGAGAAGUUCACCAUCUGUGUUUGGCUGAUCGAGAUCUGGGGCGACGACUGUCAGUCCAGAACUGAAACGUUCACCAAAAAGCUCGUACUUUCCUCUAGAGUUUGAGAAGUAUUUAGGGAUUCCCUUUACCACAUAUAACUCUGCCUGAGACUUGCGGUUGGCUUGUAGAAACAGCUUAGAGUUCAGAUCUCAACGGGCUCAUGAGCAAUUACGGGUGUGCUCAAAAAGACGCCUCUGAAACCGCGGCUGAUGCGAACGGAGCUGGAAAGCAAAAGACUUCCCGACGAGACGAUGAUUGUGCAAUGAAAAUGCUGGGGACUUUUUUUUUGCGAGUGACAGCUGAAAGUAGACAGCUCCUUUCACCCAAAAUGAAAGCGUACACUGGGGGUUAUCCACAUCGGACUUCCACUCAAGUUUAUUGUUAUCGCACUAAAGCAAUAUCUAAGUAGAUGCUACAAGAGAUGUGGAUUUUUCUUCUUUUCUUUUAUGAACAGCUUUACGCAUGUCAUAGGUUCCCAUUCUGGCAACAGUGCAAACACACUGAGCUGAUAUGUUACAACUGUAAUGAAAUGAUAUAAGCUAUUUGUUGUAAAUGUACUUGUGGGUGUGUAAAUGUGAAUAUAUUCAAACCUAUUUGUGAUGUUUAAUAAAAAAAAAAAACAUGUGGAGCUGGA